GUUGCUGCUGAGUCAUCGCGCGGACGUCAACGCAAGCAGCCAGCCGACAGGCUUCCAGAAGUGGCUUCACAUGCUGGCGAUCGCUCAAGUGGCCAUCUUUGGUUAUGCCAACUGCAAGAAGAUGUCGCGGCUCUUGGCAUCCUUGCCCGGCAUUACGCCCCUGGGGUGCGCUGCAAUGGUCGGCCACGAGGAGCUCACGAAGCUCUUCCUCGACCAUGGGGCCGAGUUGUUCCCGAACUCCAGAGGAGAAUGGCCUGAGGAUUUGGCAAG